GUGGAAUAUACACGCAAAAAUAUGCAUGGUAUGCUGCAGCGGCUGUUGCGAGAAGUGUCUCGUGUAAGGGAAGUGGCUUCAACAUUCAGCAAUCCUGUCUUCCGCAAUUACUUCGUCAGCAAGGCAGAGGAAGAGCUGCGUCUACUGAAGGAGUGUGGGCCUUUAUCUUCCACUGAGCUCGAGGCGCGUCUUAAUAAAAAUAUCGAAUUAGCGGCUAUUUUGGAGCGUCAAAGUUCUGUUCAGAACUUGUAUUACAACCUUGAGCCACGGGUGGAGAAGUGACCUCGUGGCGUUGGUGACCUGGGUGUACCUUUGUGUAAUAUUUCCAUAAGUUUGC